AUGCCCGCCGUCCGAUCAGCCUACGACCCCAAGGACAUGCAGUUCCGCCACCUGGGCCCCACGGGGCUCAAGGUGAGCGUGCUGUCCCUCGGUGGAUGGCUCACAUACGGAGGCACCCAGAAGGGCGAGAUCGUCAAAAAGUGCCUCGAGGCAGCGUGGAGCCACGGCAUCAACACCUUCGACACGGCUGAGACGUACGCGUCGGGCGAGUCCGAGGUCGAGAUGGGCCAGGCCCUGAAGGAGCUCGACUGGCCGCGUGACGAGUACGUCUUGACCACCAAGAUCUUCUUCGGAACCGGUCGCAAGGAGCCCAACACGCGCGGUCUGAGCCGAAAGCACGUCGUCGAGGGCCUGAAGAGUUCUCUUGAGCGUCUGCAGCAGCCCUACGUUGACGUCGUGCUCGCUCACCGCCCGGACUACGCCACGCCCAUGAAGGAGAUCGUCGAGGGCUUCACCCAGGUCAUUCGCAACCUCAACCUCGCCUACUACUGGGGAACCUCGGAGUGGAGUGCCGUCCAGAUCCAGGAGGCCACCCAGAUCGCCGAGCGGUACAACCUCAUUGCACCCGUCGUCGAACAACCUCAGUACAACGCCUUCCACCGUGAGCGCUUCGAGGUCGAGUAUGCCCCCAUCUUUGACCAGUACAAGUACGGAACCACCAUCUGGUCGCCGCUGGCCUCGGGCUUCCUGACGGGCAAGUACAACAACGGCAUUCCCGAAGGCUCGCGGUACGCGAACCACAAGGACUUCUUCGAGGGCACCAUCAAGCAGCUCGAGAGCGAGGAGGGCAAGGCCAAGAUUGAGAAGGUCAAGAAGCUCACCAAGAUUGCCGAGCGACUGGGCGGCACCAUGGCAUCGCUGGCGCUGGCGUGGACCCUCAAGAACCCCAACGUGAGCACAGUCAUCCUCGGCGCCACCAAGGUCGAGCAGAUCGAGGACAACGUCAAGGCCGUCAAACUGGCGGACAAGAUCACGCCCGAGGUCAUGGAGGAGAUCGAGAAGAUUCUCGACAACGCCCCCGCGCAGCCUCCCAAGUUUGGACGUGAGAGAUGA